AUGGCUACCCCCAUGUCCACCACCUCUCAGGAGGAGACUGGAAACAAGAAGCUCGAGCAAAUCACCUUCCGCUUCUGCUCCGAAUGCUCCAACAUGUUGUACCCCAAAGAGGACGAAGAAACCCACAAGCUCCAGUUCACCUGCCGCACCUGUCAAUUUACCGAAGAGGCCCAGUCGACCUGCGUCUUCCGCAACGUUAUGAACAACGCGGCCGGUGAGACUGCUGGAGUGACCCAGGAUGUCGGCUCAGACCCUACUGUAGGUGACUCCCAGUCUAUUUCCGCCCCUGUUGUCUGUAUCGGCUGCGGCUUCGCCAUCAUGUGCACCAGCUGUGGCAACCCCUCGGACGACUUCGUCGUGUCUUCGGUCGCCGUUCAGCCUGGCGCUCCCCAGGGCAAUCGGGCAGGAAUCACCUGGGACGAUUUGAUUGAAAUGGCCGACGAGGACGCGUUCGACGAAUACGACGAGGAGAGAGAGCCCAGCUCCGACGACGAAAUCAACAAAGGAUUUGCAAGCAUUGUUCUCAACCAGGAGCCCGCCCAGGCUCCCCAGCACGUCUCGUGGCCGACUUUCCAGCUCGCUCUUCCACGAUCAAACAAGGAAUGCCCCGUCUGCAAAGGCGCCGAGGCCGUCUUCUUUCAGUCUCAGCAACGUAGUGCUGAGACGGGUAUGAAAUUGUUCUAUGUCUGCUGCGAUUGCGGUCACAUCUUCCAGUAA